AGUCAAACAUGUGUUUUAUAUUCGUAUCAUAAGCAAUACACAAUUGAUGGGGUAUAUGCAUUUUCUAACCGCAUCAGAAGACAAUUCUGCUUUAAUACCAUAAGAUUUGACAUUAUAGUGAGUUAUACAGCGCUAUUAUAAACGCUAUUGGCCAGCACAUGAGAGCAACCCAGGUCAGCUGAUCAUGAUGCCGCGUAUUCAUUGAAAUCUCUACACAGUACGAGCCCAUUUUACGAGCCACCAACGAAAUAGCUGGCCCAACCCGGAUACGCAGAGCUGUGAUCAAUAUUGAUAAUUUCGGUCUCUGUGUAUAGCGCCUAGAGGUAUUUAAGUAUCCUUGAUGAGGACAGCUCCUCUCCGGAACAUGCUUUGAAGAAAGGGGAGAAUAGAAGAUAUCACAUCACAAGUCUGCAGUAGGCCUAGCAUAAUUCUAAAAACGUACAGUGGGAGUGGACGUAGGUAGGUGUGUGUGGUACGAGUUUUCCCAGUCGUGGAUAGUUGCAUGUCGAAUAUUGUGCGGUGUUGUAAGCUACAAAAAGCAUCGACGAGAGAUGGCGGAAUGUGGGAGGAAGGCGCUGUCUGUCCUGGAGGCGGCUCGCUCACGCUACGAGAGCUUGCAGAUCUCAGAUGAUGUUUUUGGGGAAUCGGGAGAUGACAGCAGCGACAAUCCUUUUUACAGCACUUCGGGUGACUCGAAUUCGGAUAACUGCUGCAUGGAGGCCGGCGACGAUCAAAGGUCAGGUGAGACUGUGAGUUGUCAAAGCGGAGGUCCACCCGGCUCCGUCUCAACAACUCAAGCAGAAGAGGAUGGAUGGAGCGACACCCUGCAAGAUAUCACGGUGGCCCCAUACAACGAGACAUAUGGCCCUACCCAGAGAAUGCCAGCUACAGCCACUUGCAUGGACUUCUUCCAGCUCUUUGUGCCCGACAACGCCAUCCAGAACAUGGUGACGCAGACCAACAUGUACGCCAAGAAGUACCAGGAGCGCUUCGGCAGCGACGAGGGCUGGCGGAAUGUGACGGCGGCCGAGAUGAAGGCCUUCCUGGGCUUGGUGACUUCCACCAGCGUUCACCGCUGUGAGUCAGUGCUCAGCAUCUGGAGCAGCGGCUUCUUCAGCAACCGCAGCAUUGCACUCAAGAUGAGCCAGGCGCGCUUCGAGAAGAUCCUCAAGUACUUCCACAUCGUGGCCUUCCGCUCCAGCCACGGCAGCCAUGGCCUCUACAAGAUCCAGCCCUUCCUGGACUCACUGCAGCAGUCGUUCGGCUGCAGCACCUUCCGCCCCUCACAGACUCAGGUGCUCCAUGAGCCCCUUAUUGACGAGGACCCAGUGUUCAUCACCACCUGUACGGAGAGAGAGCUGAGGAAGAGGAAGAAGAGGAAGUUCAGUCUGUGGGUCCGCCAGUGCACAUCCACUGGUUUCAUCUGUCAGAUCUAUGUGCAUCUGAAGGAGGGCCAGGGUCCUGAUGGGUUGGCCACCCUGAAGAACAAGCCUCAGCUCCACAGUAUGGUGGCCAAACAGCUGUGUCAGAACCUCUCAGGCCGCAACAGCAUCAUCUUCACCGGGCCCAGCAUCACCAGCCUCAACCUGUACCAGGAGUUUGAGAAACAGGAGAUCUACUGCUGUGGGCUGCUGAGCACCAGGAAGAGUGACUGCACCGGCCUGCCCCAGUGCAUGCUGGUGAACCCUGAGAGCCCACAGCAGAGAGGCCAGUCCCGCAGCAUGAUGAGAGGCAACACCUCCCUCAUCAGCUGGUACAACAAGGGACACUUCCGCUUCCUUACCAACGCCUACUCACCCACCAAGGAAGGGGUGAUCAUCAAGAGGAAAAGUGGUGAGAUUCCCUGUCCGCUGGCUGUGGAGGCCUUCGCUGCACACCUCAGCUACAUCUGCAAGUAUGACGACAAAUACAGCAAGUAUUUUAUCUUCCACAAGCCCAACAAGACGUGGCAGCAGGUGUUCUGGCUGACCAUCAGCAUCGCCAUAAACAACUCCUAUAUUCUGUACAAGAUGUCCGAUGCCUACCACAUCAAGCGCUAUAGCCGAGCUCAGUUUGGUGAGAGACUGGUGAGGGAGCUGCUGGAUUUAGAUGACUGCUCCCCCACCCAGUGAGGAGACCACGUAAUCUUUAUAAUAUACACCCACAUACUGUACCCACACACACCGUCACGUCACACACGUACCCACACACACUGUCACGUCACUCACGUACCCACACACACUGUCACGUCACACACGUACCCACACACACUGUUACGUCUCACACGUACCUACACACACUGUCACGUCACUCACGUACCCACACACACUGUCACGUCUCACACGUACCCACACACACUGUUACGUCUCACACGUACCCACACACACUGUCACGUCUCACACGUACCCACACACACUGUCACGUCUCACACAUACCCACACACACUGUCACGUCUCACACAUACCCACACACACUGUCACAUCUCACACGUGAACGCGCGCACACACACACACACACACACACACACACACACACACACACACACACUGUCACGUCACACACACUGUCACGUCUCACGCGUACACACACAUUGUCACGUCUCACGCGCACACACACACAUUGUCACGUCUCACGCGCACACACACACUGUCACGUCUCACGCGCACACACACACUGUCACGUCUCACGCGCACACACACACUGUCACGUCUCACGCGCACACACACACUGUCACGUCUCACGCGCACGCACACACACACUGUCACGUCUCACACGCACACACACACUGUCACGUCUCACACGCACGCACACACACACUGUCACGUCUCUCUCUCACACGCACACGCACACACACACAGUGUCACGUCUCACACACUAACACGUCUCAAACACACACUGUCAUAUCUCACAUGUACCCAAACACGUGUACACACACACACUGUCACGUCUCACACGUACCCACACACACUGUCAUGUCUCACAUGUACCCAAACACGUGUACACACACACACUGUCACGUCUCACACGUACCCACACACUGUCACGUCUCACACGUACCCACACACUGUCACGUCUCACACGUACCCACACACUGUCACGUCUCACACGCACACACACACUGUCACGUCUCACACGCACACACACACUGUCACGUCUCUCACGUACACACACUGUCACGUCUCACACGUACCCACACACUGUCACGUCUCACACGUACCCACACACUGUCACGUCUCACACGUACACACACAUUGUCACGUCUCACACGCACACACACACUGUCACGUCUCACACGUACACACACACUGUCACGUCUCACACGUACCCACACACUGUCACGUCUCACACGUACCCACACACUGUCACGUCUCACACGUACACAAACAUUGUCACGUCUCACACGCACACACACACUGUCACGUCUCUCACGCACACACACAGUCACGUCUCUCUCUCACACACACACACAGUGUCACGUCUCACACGCUAACACACACACUGUCACGUCUCAAACACACACUGUCAUGUCUCACAUGUACCCAAACACGUGUGUACACACACACACUUUCACGUCUCACACGUACCCAAACACACACUGUUCAUCACACGCAAACCACUAACGCACACUAACCACACCCACUAAUACAUAUUUUCUUUACAAUUGCAGACACUGGAGUACGUAAUUCCUUAAAUGAAACCAUAUUUUAAUAGUGUCUGUGUUAAAUGGUUUUGGGGACAAAACCUCUAGGUGUAGAGCUCAGGUCUCUAUAUCCGAGUCUGAACUCAAGAGAAAUGUCUAUAGAUGAACGUUUCUCUACUGAGGCACAAAGCAAAGCCAUUGUACGAUCUACAUGCCUCAUAAUGUUAGUGUCACAGGCUGCAUGACAAAAAAGUGUUUGGAUAAUUUACUCUUCAAAUGUGCAGAAUGUUUCUUAUUUUUUUCUGACCGGGUUAAACGUUGUUUCCAUGUAGUGUCACUCUAAUGUCAAUCUAUGAUUCUAUUGGACCACCUACCGAGCAACAUCUGGGGUUUUCUCUCCAAGAUAGACCUGAACCACUAAGCAGAUAUACUGUAUAUAUACAUAAUGCCCAGGAUUCAUGAUGUUUAAAUGAAAUAUGGAGGAGAAGUAGACCUACGUUACUAUUUCCUUCCAGAGCUCUUUCUGCUGAUGGUUCAUACCUGGAAUGGGAAAUCUCCUACUUAUCAGGGUUGUGCUUACUGUACUCAACUCCAUAUCUCAGCCAAUAGGAACCUUUCACCUUGUCAUCAGAUUAUAUGACUGGCAGUCCUUAUAUUUGCAACAUCAUUGGAAAUACUGGAUGGUGUGACUUGUGGUCAGGUUUUCAGACUGCAAAGGGAAGGUUUGAUGAUGUGAUAAACGAUGUGCCAAUGCUGGCCACAUGAACGUUGGUUUGGAUGAGGCGUACUGUUAAUGUACAGCAUGAACACAGUCUCAAUGUGGCAUAGUCUUGGAUCAUCGAGAGCUGCAGGGGUCAGUUCAGUUCCACUCUAGAUAUACACGCUGAACCAUCCACAGCCAUACUCACUCACUGACAGACCACACAGACAUGGGCUGUUCCCAGUUCAGGUCUACUGAAUAGGGCGGGGUCUCUGGCUCGGUUGGUCACGUCCACAGCUCAUUCCCUGGAAGCAAGCCUGACAUUGAUCUAUAAAGUAUGUGAUUUGAGUUUGAGUUAAACAUUUCAUACCAGCCAAUCAGCCAAUGACUCUCAGUCCAAUGAUGUCACUAAAAGAUGGAGAGAAGACAACACCAGACCCACAGAAGUCUGUCAACGUUAUUCCUUCCAAAUGUGCUUUGGAGAAUGGAUUCUCCUGUUCUGUAAUGACUUUGAGAGGGUGCUGUCUUGCAUCUUGUAUGGAGACAGAAUAGUACCCCAAUGUGUUGUAUGUGGAGCUGUUUAAGUCAGUGAAGUGAAUGUCACUGUGGAUUAAUAAUGUCUUCUUGGCCAAUAGACUUAUGUCAGUGUAAAAGUGUGCAAUUCCAAAGUCCACACACACAGGCCUAUUUUAUCCCUUGGCCGAUAACAUACAUUCGUGCUUGUCCACUCCUUGCCACUGUGACUGUCUUAUUGAUGUGUGAAGUGUUUGUGAGAUUUGUCCUAACGAGGGCACUACUCAUGCACUUUCGAUCGUCUUGCACUUUAAAGUGAUUCAAUAAAGGUCUAUUGAUGUUUACUAAA